AUGGCGAUGGUUCCUUGGCGUGGCAUCAGUUGCUGUUUCAGUGCUGCUGCUCUUUACUUUCUCGGUAGAGCAAACAGCAGGGAUGCUGAAAUGCUUAAAUCUGUUAGCAGGGUUAAUCAAUUGAUUGAGCUAGCGAAACUGUUGGAUGAGGAAAUACGUCCCUUGGUUGUUGCGAUUUCUGGAAGAGUUGGUUCUGAAACUCCGAUUAAUUGCGAGUCCAGUGGUUUAAGAGGUGUAAUAGUGGAAGAAACGGCUGAACAACAUUUUCUGAAGCACAAUGAAAACGGUUCAUGGAUACAAGAUUCUGCGUUAAUGUUAUCCAUGAGUAAAGAGGUUCCUUGGUAUCUGGAUGAUGGCACUGAUCGUGUGCGUGUAGUUGGAGCUCGGGAUGCCACUGGUUUUGUAUUGCCUGUUGGAAGUGAGGCAUUUGAAGAGUCGGGUCGAUCACUUGCACGCGGAACAUUGGAUUAUCUCCAAGGUCUAAAGUUGCUUGGAGUUAAGAAAAUUGAACGGAUACUUCCAGUUGGGACUUCCUUGACUGUUGUUGGUGAGGCUGCUAAAGACGAUGUUGGAACCAUUCGAAUUCAGCGACCCACCAAAGGGCCAUUUUAUGUCUCUCCCAAAACAAUUGAUGAACUCAUUGCAAAUCUUGGGAAAUGGGCGAGGUGGUACAAGUUUGCUUCUAUGGGCUUGACAGUGUUUGGUGUAUAUCUGAUAGCCAAUCAUGCUAUCCGGUACAUCAUGGAAAAACGCCAUCGCAAUGAAAUACAAAAAAGGGUUCUUGCUGCAGCUGCUAAGAUGUCUGGACAAGAUAAUGGAGGUGAAAUUGCUGACAACUUAUCAGUUGGUGCUAAAAGGGAACGCACAAUGCCAGAUUUGUGUGUAAUAUGUCUCGAGCAGGAAUAUAAUUCCGUUUUUGUUCCGUGUGGGCAUAUGUGCUGCUGUACAGCUUGCUCUUCGCACUUGACCAGUUGCCCUCUUUGCCGGAGACAGAUAGAAAGGGCAGUGAAGACUUUCCGUCAUUGA